AUGGAGUCUUUCAUGGAGGCUGGAGCAGCAGCUUAUGAGAAAUCAGGUAAGAUCAUCUCAUUCUCACUCUUGUUUCAGAAAAGUUUGGUUGAGAUCUUUCCCCAGAUGACAAAGGGGAAUACAGAAGGUGAAUGUCUCCCCUACAAGUGCUCAGGAAUUGACACUCUCGAAGAAAACUAUAGUUGGCAAAUUCAGGUUAAUCACAACUUCAAAAUAUUUAAAAAUCAUGAGAGUCAGCUGUGUGAAGUCCUCCAGAAUAAGUUUGGUUGUAUCUCUACCCUGGUCUCACCAGCUCUGGAGAGCACCAAUUCUGUGCCAGUCUUCAGAAAAAUGCUGACUCCCAAGAUAGAGGUAUCAGUCUGGAAGGAUGACCUCACCAGACAUGCUGUUGAUGCUGUGGUAAAUGCAGCCAAUGAACAACUUCAACAUUCAGGAGGCUUGGCCUGGGCCCUGGUGAAAGUUGGUGGCUCUGAAAUUCAAGAAGAGAGCAGAAGACUUGUUGUCAAACAUGGUAAAGUACCAACUGGUGAAAUAGCCAUUACGGGAGCAGGUAGGCUUCCUUGUAAACUUAUCAUUCAUGCUGUUGGGCCUCAGUGGUUAGGGAUAGAUGGACAGAGAUGUGUUGAAGAGCUGAAAAUGGCCAUUACAAAUAUUCUAGGUUAUGUCUUCUAUAAAAAUCCAAACAUUAGGACAGUUGCAAUACCAGCCAUAAGCUCUGGGAUCUUCCAUUUUCCUCUGGAUUUGUGUACAGAGAUCAUUGUGAGAACUAUCAGUUUGUUUGUCCAACGUGAUCAAGGAGUCAGUAAUUUGAAAGAAAUUCACCUGGUGAGCAAUGAGGACCCUACUGUUGCUGCCUUUAAAACUGCUUCAGAAAGCAUCCUAGGAAGGAACGAGUGGGAAUCCUUGGUAAGUCAAGAAGCCCUGCCCCUCCUUUUGUUGCUGUCCUACUUAACCCUCACCAGAAUUGCCUUUGACGUCCAUAAUUCUACCAAAGGUCUCUUCAAGGGAGUCAGUGCUGAAAUGGCAAAGAGUAAGUCCAUGUUGUCGGGUUUCAACAACUACACUGUUCCAGUCUCUAGAGAGGAGAAAAGAGAAAAUGGACUCAAAGCUCCUGUCAUCAAUCUGAUGGGAUCCGACAAGGAAGACAUGUGUGAAGCCAAAGAGUGGAUCUACAAGAUGCUGACCCUCCAGGGGCACCACACCAUUGAGAAUAAUCACAUCCUCUACCUUGGGAAAAAGGAACAUGACAUUUUGUCUCAGCUUCAGGAAACCUCAAGUGUCUCCAUUUCAGAGAUUAUCGAUUCAAGAAAGGCAAAAUUAGAGAUUAAAGGAGCCCAGGCCGACCUCAUUGAGGUGGUUAUGAACAUUGAACAUAUGCUGUGUAAAGUUCAGGAGGAAAUGGCAAGAAAAAAGGAACAAGAACUUUGGAGCUUGUUAGGACAGUGGACUGACCAGCAACCAGAAAACCAGGAUGAAAUGAAAAGAAAUAUCAAUUUCACAAAAUUUCGUGAAACAUUUUCAAUGCAAGCACUUCAGGAUAAAAAGAAACAGUUUGAGAAAUGUGGUUUUCAGGUCAUAAAGGUGGAGAAGAUAAACAAUGAGGUUCUGAAGGCUGUCUUCCAAACCAAGAAGAAAAUGAUGGAAGGGAAAGCACGGAAGGACCCUGUAAGCCACAGGUUGUUUCAACAAGUCCCACACCAGUUCUGCAAUUUGGUCUGCAGAGUUGGCUUUCAAAGAAUGUACUCAGGGCCCUGCGACCCAAAAUAUGGAACUGGCAUAUACUUCACCAAGAACCUCAAAAAGCUAGCGGACCAGAUCAAGAAAACCUCUGCCAUGGAUAAGCUGAUCUAUGUGUUUGAGGCUGAUGUACUCACAGGGUCCUUCUGCCAGGGUUGUCCAUUAAAUAUUGUCCCCCCACCAUUGAGUCCUGGAGACAUGGAUGGCCAUGACAGUGUGGUUGACAAUGUUUCCAGCCCUGAGACCUUUGUUAUUUUUAGUGGCAUACAGGCUUUGCCCCAAUAUCUUUGGACUUGCACGCAGGAUCAAGUACGGUCACAGGAUUACUCACAGAUGAUGAUUUGUCCAUGGCUAAAUUGGGAAAGAUCCCCAAAAGGUAGUUCUGUUUAUUAA